AUGGCGUCAACUUCCGGCCACGUCGCGGACGACGUGUUGUUCACCAACAAGAACAUGGCCCGUGUAAUCACGCUCAACCGGACCCACAAACUCAACUCGCUCAACACGCUGAUGGUGCUGAAAAUCGUGCCGCGCUUGACCGAGUACGCCAAGCUGGACGUGUGCAACUCCAUCAUCUUGACAUCCUCCUCGCCCAAGGCCCUCUGUGCUGGCGGCGAUGUGGCCGAAUGUGCGCUGCAGAUCUUACAGGGCAAUCCGCUGUACGCCAUGGACUUCUUCCAGCAAGAAUACAACAUGAACUUCUUGAUUGCCACGUACUCCAAGCCAUGUGUGGCCAUUAUGGACGGUGUCACCAUGGGUGGCGGUGUCGGGCUUUCCGUGCACGCGCCCUUCCGCGUUGCCACGGAAAACACAAAGUUGGCCAUGCCGGAGAUGGACAUCGGCUUUUUCCCUGAUGUUGGAACGACGUUCUUUUUGCCUCGUCUCGACGACAAGCUAGGCUACUACUACGCUUUGACGGGUGAGGUCUUGAGCGGCGCAGACGCAUACAUGGCCGGCUUUGCCACACACUACGUGCCCGCUGAGCGCCUUUCGCAAAUGACUACUCGUAUCUCGAACCUCAACCCCCCUGUGAUUAACGGCUCUGCUAAUGAAGCCUCUAACCUCCGGUCUCAAAAGGACUUCUUUGUGCAGAUGAACUCUGUUAUCGAAGAGUUCGCCCUGACAAAGUUGCCUGAGAACUACAAGUUCCACUUGUCUGCCGAGGAUAUUUCCCUCAUCAACAAGUCGUUUUCUCAAAAGUCUUUCGAGGAUGUGCUUGCGUCAUUCAAAAACUCCGGUACCGAGUUUGGCCUCAAGACUUACGAGCGCUUGGCCGCCAAGUCUCCCACGUGUGUGCGCGUCGCUUUUGAGUUGUUGAACCGUGGCCUCGAGAACACACUUCAAAAGCAGUUGGAGUUGGAAUUGAUCACCUCCACCAACAUGAUGAAUGCCAAGCCCGAAGUAAACGACUUCGUCAAGGGCGUGAAGCACAAGCUCCUUGACAAAAUCAAAGAGCCUAGCUUGCCGGAGUGGGCUGCAUACGAUGCGUCCCGUGUCCAGAAACUCACUUCUUCAUCCGUUUACACUGCCAUGCUUUCCAAGCCCAUGAUCAAUAACUUCUUUGGAGUUAACUUCAAGAACUACAUCUUUAACAUGGGCUUACCUACAAACGGGCAGAUUCAUGAUUACAUCGUGGGUCAAGAUGGCUCCAACAGAUCGUACUUGCCCACGCCAAGCGAGGUCGUCAAGCACUUCGAGGCAAAGACUCACCAAAAGUUGGGAGUAGCUGACAAGGUGAAACGCGUGUUGGCCGUGCAUGGCGACUCGUCCCAGUACGAUAAUAAGUACGUGACCUGGAAGGACCAGUAG